AGCGGGUCGGGCUCGGGGGCCCUGGAUCUGCUCCGGGCUCUGCCCCGCGUGAGCCUCGCCAACUUGAAGCCCAACCCGGGCUUCAGGAAACCGGAAAGGCGUCCCAGAGGUCGGAGGCGAGGUCGAAAAUGUGGCCGAGGCCAUAAGGGAGAGCAGCAGAGAGGGACCCGGCCCAGACUUGGCUUUGAAGGCGGCCAAACUCCUUUUUACAUCCGAAUCCCCAAGUACGGAUUCAAUGAAGGCCAUAGCUUCAGACGCCAGUAUCAGCCUCUGAGCCUCAAUAGAUUCCAGUAUCUCAUUGAUCUGGGUCGUGUUGAUCCUACUCAGCCUAUUGACAUAACCCAGCUGGUGAAUGGGAGAGGCGUGACCAUUCAGCCUUUCAAGAGGGAUUAUGGUGUCCAGCUAGUAGAAGAGGGUGCUGACAGCUUUACGGCCAAGGUCAACAUCGAGGUGCAGCUGGCCUCAGAGCUCGCCAUUGCUGCCAUCGAGAAGAAUGGGGGCGUCGUCACCACGGCCUUCUAUGACCCUCGGAGCCUCGAAAUUCUGUGCAAGCCUGUGCCUUUCUUCCUGCGUGGACAGCCCAUUCCCAAACGGUGGCUUUUGUGGGUCAUGGUUUUGGCUGCCAGGCCUUCUGUAAGUACAAGAAGGUUGAGGGUACCUGCACUUCAAAAUGUCCUGGUAAUUGUCAUCCCAAAUACCAUCAUACUUGAAAUUUUGAUCCGAUUAGUGUAUCUGCAGAGCCAUCGAUGA